AUGGCAGACCAAGAGGGAGAGAACCCAAUAGUGAUACACCGUCCACAAGUGAGACGCCAAAGAAGAUCUCAUCAUCACUAUCAACAUCUUCCUGACCACCUUCUCCACAACAUUUUCUCACUUUUGCCCAUCAAACAUGCCAUUCAAACCAGUGUUCUAGCCAAAAGGUUUGAGCAAUCAUGGUUAUUCAACCAAAACCUGGAUUUUGGUGAAGAUUUUGCAAGACCACCAACUCGCAUCGAGCUAAUCGUGAUCAUUAAUAAGGUUUUCCAACUCCAUCAAGGUCCAAAAAUUAAAUCAUUCCAAUUAUAUAUGAAUCAUACGUAUAUGGAAUUGGUGGUUGAUAGUUGGAUCAAAAUAUCUCUUUCAAAAGAGGUUGAGGAGCUCAACUUGGAUUUUAGUCAAGGGUCUAAUCCAUUCACUCUCCCUACCAAUCUCUUAGAUUCUGAAUCCCUAAGAAUCUUGAAGCUCACAAACUGUAACGUUUACUCACCACCACAGUUGAAAGGUAUGGUUUUCUUACACACCAUUAUUCUCAAAGUGGUUAAUGUUACUGAAAAGCUAAUUCAAGAAUUGUUCAAGAACUGUCUAUUUCUUGAGACUAUGGGCUUGAAUCGUUGUCGGGAAAUUACCCAUCUUAAAAUCCUUGCUGGACAUCUGAGAAGGUUCAAGUGGUUGAGAGUUGAAAAUUGCCCUAAGAUUGUGAAGAUACAUGUUCAUGCACCAACUCUGUGUACCAUGUAUUAUUCUGGAGAUAUUGAAGAAUUCACCAUAGGAAAUGUAUUGAAAUUGAAGGAUGUGACUGUCAAGAUCGAUAAAGGAGGGUUCUUGCCGUUCGUUGGAAUCGAAAGAUUUAUGUUUGCUAUCUCUCAUGUUCAUGUCUUCAAGACAAGUAGUAAACUUGUUAAGGCAUUGUCUCCUAGGCUUGUUGAUGGAAAUUUGGAAGAAGUACUUCGAUUCUGUUUAUGGAACACUAGGGAGAUUGAACUGUUUAUGGAUGGAAGUCUUUGUGGUCCGUUUAGCGUUGUCACUUUUCUCAAUAAAUGCCCUUGCAUGGAGAAAAUUACUAUCAAUCUGGAAGGGCAUUACUUUUAUCUGGGAUUCUACUGGGAAAAACAUGAAGGCCAAUCAUUGGAGCAGUUGAACCUUAGCUUCAGGAGCCUCAAAGUUGUCAGAAUAAAUGGCUUCAAGUCGUCUGAAAUGCCUAUCAAAAAGUUGGUGGAGUUCUUCCUGGAGAAAGCAGAACACCUGCAUACUUUAAUCCUAGACACCACCACCAACUCAGGGAGUCAUAUUGUAGCAGCAAGGUUACCCACAUAUGACCUACUGGACAGGUUUUAUCGAUCACGUCCAGGAGUGAGUAUCAUUGUUUACUAG